AUUUUGUGUAGGAGAGAUAGAGAGGUAGUGGGGGGUCCUGGCGGAGCGGCCUGGGUUGUGCUUUGCUGGGGGGUGCCGGAGAGUGGCGGCGGAGGAGCUGCGGGUCCGGGUUCUACAGUAACGCGAGUGUGUCUGCGUGUGGGCGAACGGAACAGACAGAAGUCGUGGGACUUCUCCCUUGGAGCGUCUGUGCCGAGAAUCCGAUGUUGGGCUCGGCUCCCAGGCUGAAUACAGCGGAUCAGCCCAUGAACACUUCUGUCCUGAGCCAAAGGAAGGAGUCCAGCAAAAGGCAGCACCUCCGCUUUCAGGCUUGGAAGCAAGAAAGGGGGCAAGGCUUGGAGAGUGGGGAAUCGGAGAAGACAACUGAAAGGUGACAUUUAAGUUGAAGAUGGGUGGUGGAGAAAGAUUCAACAUUCCAGUUCCCCAGUCUAGAAAUCCCACCAAGAACCAUCAACAACUUAAAAACAGGCAGAAGAAUAAAGACCAGAACUCGCAGAUGAAGACCUACAUGAAGAAAGAAAGAGGGCACGGAUGCAACUCCUCAGCUGGUGCGUGGCAGGCCAUGCAGAAAGGGGGGAAGAACAAUGUUCAUUUCCCCAAGAAUCAGAAUUGGAGCCCGACUUUAUCGAAUCACAACCUGUUCUUCACACCUCAACCCAAUCAGAACUACGCCGGAGCAAAAUUCAGCGAGCCGCCCUCGCCCAGUGUCCUUCCCAAGCCACCCAGCCACUGGGUACCUGUUUCUUUUAAACCUUCAGAUAAAGAAAUAAUGACAUUUCAGCUUAAAACAUUACUUAAGGUCCAGGCUUGAGAUGUAAUUUUCACAUUUGUAAAGUUAUUUAAAUUUACAGGAUUUAAAAGUUGAGAAUUGUUAGUCCUCAUUUUAGAUGUGCAGGUGUACAGAACCAAAUGUUCCUGCUGCAUAUAGUUAGUCACUUGGACAAAAGGGGUUGAAGUUUACAUUCCCCUCAUGUUUUACCUCAAGCUGUGUGCUGUGUUCACUGUGAAAUAGAAAUUUUCUCUAUAGUCAAUCUAAUCAAAACUGCAGUCACCAUUUUUUGUAUUUAUUGUAAGAGUUUAAUGGGACUGUCUCCCCCAAUUGGCAUUGUGACUACUUUUUGGUAUGGUACAAAACCAGCUUUGGCCUAACUUAACGCAGCAUUAAGUGGAAAAAACAAUUGCACUGAAAGCUUCAGUCAGGUAAUUUGCUGCUUUUCAAACUGGCUAGUGAAAUAAAACCUCUGCCAAGGCACCAGGACAAACACAGACCGGGCUCUUGUUUGCACUGGUGAGCCUUGUUUGGCAUUCUGGAAUUAGCAAAGAAGUGUUUCAAGCCUGAGACUAAGACCAGGGGGGCUCUGGUGCAUGUUGGUGAAGAGACAAGCAGAACACAUCAACAAACAUGGAAUUGCCUCCCCCACUGAGCAGAAGAGGGAUCUGCACUGGAACCCCAGCAAGUGAGCCUGCAGUGCUGGGUGACUGCCUGAAACCUAAACCCUGUUAUCUUCCCACUGCACCGAGGGGUUCCCAAAUACCUGUUGGAUCAGUUCUUACAUCUGAGAAUGGUGGAGUAGUUACUUAGACGGGUCUUAAAUGUGUGACCCUGUAACAAGGCAGUUGCAGCAGGGCCCGGCAGCAUUGACAUGUGCCAUAGGGAAGACAGAGCCAUGUAAAUACAUGUAAAACUUUGUAGCAUAUGUAAAUUCCUGCUGGGCUUUCCUGCACAGAAUAUUUUUAGUACAAAACUGCUGAAUGUAAGAUGGCCACGGGGUGUAUGUGGCCUGACGUAAGAGAUAUUUUGUUUAAAAAAGAAAAAAAAGGAAAAAAAAGAAAAAAAAUCCAAAACCUUUGUGGCUGUGCCCUUGCACUUGACAUGCAAUGAAAAUGUAUGAGCUCCUUCUUAAAGUAAAUCAGUGCAAAAAAAAAAAAAGGCUUAUUUAGAUUUUUUUUUUAAAUAAAAACCAAAACCUGAACCUAAAAAUCAAACCUGAACCCCUUAAAAGCUGGUGCAGUUGAGGAUCCUGGUGUCCUGUGUGUGUGUGUGUGUUAAGGGAUGGAAAACACAUCCUGUGGAAUUGCAAGCUUUCUGUUUUUAAACCAUACCCCUGCUUGUCACCAGUAUUUGGUGCUGCCUGUAAUGACCAAUCCCACUGCAGCAGCAGAACCCAAAGGUGGUUCAUAAUCAUUAAUAAAGUGCUUUAACAUGGCAGGGAGCAUUGUGCAUCAUGAAAUGUGAUUUCUCUGUUUGUUCAGAACAGCCUUUACAAAUCUGCUCCAAGUCAGAGGGAAUUUGCAGUUGUAAACUUGUGUUAAACUCUGUGACCUCCACCAGCGGAUGAGCUGUGUCCCAGCUACGAUCAUGUAUACUCAGCCUCAAAUUGUCGGCUACUAAUGGAACAAAUUGGAAAUAAAUUCAAAUAAAGUAUUAUUUUCACCCCCUAAAA